UUGCAAUACCAGCAAAAAUCGACAGUUAUCAGAACAGCCGAAAAAUCGGAAAGUGUGAAUAAGGACAAACGGACGUUGAGGGAGCCGGUGAUUAUUGAGGAUUUUGAUUAUCAUUUUAAUUGUGCCAGAUGGUUGUGUAGUAUUUUGAGUGAACACACAUUUGAAAUCAAGACUUUGGAAGUGAUGUUGGUGAGUUUGAAGGGAGAAAGAGUGAGCUAUGACGUGGAUUUUUUUUUGAGGUCCUAGGUGGAAUUUUCUUAAACGUCUUGAAUUUGAUCGUUUAGACCAGGAAGAAGAGGUUAAAAUCGAGAUAUUUAUGACGUGGCAUUUUUCAGCCGCCACGUUGUGCGCAAACCACGGUGAAGCGAAUCGAAAUCACGGUGGACAACGAAGAAAACUAUCGGCUUUUAAUAAUUGGCUGA